UUUAUAAUGAAAUUGUAGUUUACUAGUAGAAUAGCAAAUUAUAUUAAUUGACGAUGGUACGCAUCUGGAGAAGUGAUAUCUUUAUCCCUAAUUGCUGCUUAUUUUGACUUUUGACUGCAAUGUUUAUACCUAUCAAAUUAGAUACGGUCUGGAUGUGCUUUAUCUGUAGUAUCAAUAUCGGCCAGGUUUCUUUCUGUCUUGAUCAAGUAAAGUGCGUUGCGUCUGUGAGAUGAGCGAACAAUAUAUUCAUUUUCGCCGCUCAAUUCCUUUUUAUUUUCAGAAGAAAAAAGUACAAAAGAGAUAAAAAAAGUUUUGUAAUGUUUAUAGUGAUACACCAAUCAAUAAAUUGACCAUUUAAAAGCGGAUCAAAAGGUUUAAAUAUGGAAAUUCCAAUUUAACUUAAGUAAUCGAAAACGAAGUGUCGGGUCAUCAACGACUAAUGCGGACGGAACUGCGAAUUUAAUCUAUCAAAAUUCAAGAUAUACGAUAAAGGAAAUUACCAACUUGUUACACAUACCAAUUGAACAUAAAAUUAUUGGCCUUUUUUUAUAUAUUAUGAUAGUUUUCGACGCAUAGAAUCCAAAAAUGCAAGUCUUAAUUUUAGAAAUCUGGCGGUUCAAAAGUUAUGCGAAUACAAAUUUGAGCAUAUUUUAACAUAUUUUACACGGUUAUUUUGAUGCCACGUUUUACAUACGCAUGGACCGCUGGAUCCCUAAAGACUUUUAUUUUUGAAUUCUACACGCCGAGAACUAUUAAAAGACUAUUUUGUAUUCCCUAAAAUGAAAUUAAAUCCAGCAAGAAAAUCCAUCCAAGAAAAUGUAAACGGAAUUAUCACACAACCUAUUAGUAGUGCUCCGGUCUAUGGAUCCGACCGACUAUGGAUCUAAACUUUAUCUAAUCAGUUAUCGGGGAGGUAAGUGUAUUUUUAAGAAAUUUUAAGUAUCUCUCCUUUCCAUUGAAUGCAACUGAGAUGCAAAUGCCUCCACGAAAUUAAAAUCUGUUCCAAGAAUUGCGUAUACUGUGUAUAGUGACAAUAGCGACGCCCAAUUAACGCGGUAUACGUCUGUACUACGACAUCGCUCAUUUUCGACUGCAUUCGUAAAACAUCGCUGACGAUGGUACUGUCAUCAGUAGGCGAACAUAGGAAACAUAUUUAACCCUUCGUAAGUUCGUAAACUACAAAUGCACUGUGCGCACGUUGAUUUCGGUCAUUUUGCCUGGAGAUCUCCGGUUUGACAUACAUGGGAGAGACCCGCGAUUUUUAACAUCGGUACUGCAAAAGAUACAAAUAAUCGUCGAUUAAGAAAAGUACGAUGGCAGACUAUGUGAUCGGUGACACAAAACCGGCAGAUAUACCUCUACCGGAUGAUGGCCUUUCAGCAGCACAAUUAUUCGCUACCGGCGACGGUCUUACGUAUAAUGAUUUUAUUAUUUUACCCGGUUACAUUGAUUUUACCGCCGACGAGGUUGAUUUAUUAUCGCCGUUAACGAAGAAGAUUAUGAUUAAAGCACCGCUGGUAUCAUCUCCCAUGGACACAGUUACAGAAUCCGACAUGGCUAUUGCCAUGGCUCUAUGUGGAGGAAUUGGAAUAAUACAUCAUAAUUGUACGCCCGAGUAUCAAGCCAAUGAAGUACAUAAGGUCAAAAAAUAUAAACAUGGUUUCAUUAGAGAUCCAGUAGUCUUAUCACCCAAUCACACAGUCAAAGAUGUCCUAAAUGUGAAAGCUGAACAUGGCUUUUCUGGUGUCCCUAUUACAAAUACAGGAAAAGUUGGGGGAAAACUAUUGGGUAUUAUAACAUCUAGAGAUAUUGACUUUUUGGAAAGUACAACAAAUCAACAAUACAUAAAAUUGGAAUCAAUAAUGACAAAAUUAGAAAAUUUAAUUACUGCAACUGCUGGUGUUACAUUACAAGAAGCAAAUGUAAUUCUUGAGAAGUCUAAAAAAGGGAAGCUUCCAAUUGUCAAUGAAAAAGGGGAAUUAGUAUCUUUAAUGGCAAGAACUGAUUUAAAAAAAAAUCGUAGUUAUCCAAAUGCCAGUAAAGAUGAGAACAAACAAUUAUUAGUUGGUGCUGCUAUUGGCACACGCAAUGCUGAUAGACAAAGACUGCAACAUCUUACUACAGCUGGUGUUGAUGUUAUUGUCUUGGAUUCUUCUCAAGGCAAUUCCAAAUAUCAAAUUGAUAUGAUUAAGUACAUUAAAUCAGAAUAUCCAGAAUUGCAGGUAAUUGCAGGAAAUGUUGUAACAACUAUGCAAGCUAAAAAUCUUAUAGAAGCUGGAGCAGAUGCUUUAAGAGUUGGGAUGGGUUGUGGAUCUAUUUGUAUUACUCAAGAAGUUAUGGCUGUGGGAAGACCUCAAGCAACUGCUGUAUAUAAAGUUGCAGAAUAUGCAAGGAAAUUUGGUGUACCUAUUAUAGCUGAUGGUGGUAUUCAAUCUAUUGGGCACAUUAUUAAAAGCUUAAGUUUAGGUGCUAGCACAGUCAUGAUGGGAUCUUUAUUGGCUGGUACUUCAGAGGCACCAGGUGAAUAUUUUUUUAGCGAUGGUGUACGUCUAAAGAAAUAUAGAGGUAUGGGCUCCUUAGAAGCUAUGAAUAGAAAAGAUGCACAUGGCUCAGCAAUGGAUAGGUACUUCCAUAAUGAAAUGGACAAAUUGAAAGUAGCUCAAGGUGUUAGUGGCUCAAUAGUUGACAAAGGAACUGUUUUAAAAUUCUUACCCUAUCUGUUAUGUGGCAUUAAGCAUGGAUGUCAAGAUAUUGGAGCAAAAUCUAUCUCUACCUUGAGAUCUAUGAUGUAUAGUGGAGAAUUAAAAUUUGAAAGAAGGACACAUUCUGCUCAGCAAGAAGGAAAUGUUCAUAGCCUUUUCUCAUAUGAAAAAAGACUUUUUUAA